GGGUGACCGGGUGAGUUUGCCAGCCGGAGGUCCAAAGCGGGCCCGCGGAAGCACCAGCAAGCGGGGAAGGUUGUCCGAGGCGAGCAGGGCGGCUGGCGGCAGAGGGAGGACAGGGGAACCCGAACAGUCUCCCGUGGAGGGCUCCAGGCCCCUCCUCAGGGCCGCGGGAGGCAGCCGCCGGUUGCUAUAGCGACGGCCCGGAGCGGGGGCUCCUCGCGGCAUAGUAACCGCGCUUUUGCCAGCCCUGCGCCGCCAAAGCCUCGCCGGGUGCAGCUGCCGACAGAGGAGGAGGAGGAGGAGAAGAGCGCCGGCGCCACAAGGGAAGCCCGCCAGCGACCCCCACCAGAAAAUCCAUGUUGUGUUUGGCAUGUGGAGAUAACAAAUGAUUCUGGAGGACCAUGCAGAUAAGCCAUGGAGAUAAGCUGAAAAUGAACGAAGACUAUUGGUGCUUUUUUUCCCCUGGCUGAUACGAGUGAUGUAAUAAUCCGAAAGGAGCUAUAAAGUCCCUGUGAAAAACAGUCUUCUACUUGACAUCCCCUCAAGGCUACAGGACAUUAAAAAGAAAUGACCACCCUCCUGCCAGAGGACCCGACGGAUUCCCAGGGCUCCGAUGAGCUCGAAUGCAAAAUCUGCUACAACCGCUAUAACCUGAGGCAGAGGAAACCCAAAGUCCUGGAAUGUUGCCACAGAGUAUGUGCCAAAUGCCUUUGCAAGAUCAUCGAUUUCGGGGACUCUCCCCAAGGAGUCAUCGUCUGCCCGUUCUGUAGAUUUGAGACGUGCCUGCCUGACGAUGAGGUCGGCAGCCUUCCCGACGACAAUAACAUCCUCGUGAAUCUGGCUUACGGGGGGAAGGGGAAGAAGUGCCUACCGGACAACCCUACGGAACUCUUACUGACCCCCAAAAGGCUGGCCUCUCUCGUGAGCCCUUCUCACACGUCCUCCAACUGCCUGGUCAUAACCAUCAUGGAAGUGCAGAGGGAGAGCCCGCCAACCCUGAACUCGACCCCCGUGGUGGAGUUCUACAGGCCCACGAGCUUUGACUCGGUUGCUUCCGUGCCCCAAAACUGGACCGUGUGGAACUGUACAUCCUUGCUCUUCCAGACUUCAAUUCGAGUCCUCAUUUGGUUGCUAGGUUUGCUGUAUUUUAGUUCUUUGCCUCUAGGGAUCUACUUACUGGUAUCAAAGAAAGUCACCCUCGGGGUAGUCUUCGUCAGCCUCGUUCCCUCGAGUCUUGUUAUUCUCAUGGUUUACGGCUUCUGCCAGUGUAUAUGCCACGAGUUCCUGGAUUGUAUGUCUUCUUAACGGCACUUGCAAUGAAACAAGCAAUGAAAAUGUGAAAUUGCCAGAGAUGUAGCAUAGUUCACUUAUACUUCUUUUUGUAUUCUUAUUUAUUACCGCUGUCCAUCAAACUGAAUAGGAACGCUGGCCACAGUUUUGUGGUCCCCUUUAUUGUUUCUUAAGCAUAAUUGAAUGAUACUCUUAUAUUUUGUCUUGUUUUCUUAACAGAUUUAAACAGUCCAUUUUGAAAAAGACUGAGCAAUCGAAAAGAAUGAGGCAAGAACAAUGAGCUGACUAGGUGCCUGAUCCUACAACAGAAUAACUAUUUAUUUUCCAGCGGCUUUCUCCCAGGGCUUUUUCUUUUUUGUAGCAGGAACUCCUUUGCAUAUUAGGCCACACACCCCUGAUGUAGCCAAUCCUCCAAGAGCUUACAGUAGACCCUGUAAGAAGAGCCCUGUAAACUCUCAGGGGAUUGGCUGCAACAUGGCGGUGUGGCCUAAUAUGCAAAGAAGUUCCUACUACAAAAAAAAAGCCAUGCUUAAUCCCAUAGGAGUACAAAGUUUGACCUACUGGAGCCAUUUCAGAUGAAAUGCCUGUUAUGUUCUAAAUUGUCUCUUAUUUCCACUGGUGAGUAACAUUGUUCAGGGAGUUAAUCCACUGGGGAACUCUGCUUCACAAAGUCCCAUUGCCACUGUGGAGGAGCAGGUAUUUAAUAGGAGAAUCGGGCAUGGUGUUGGGGGCGUCUCAUCAUCUAUCCCAGUGGACUGCACCCAUGGCAUUAAAAUGUACAAGGGAAACAGAUGUUGCCCACCAUAUUAGACAUUAUUUACAAGCUCACAAAGACACAAAGAGUUUUUGAAGAAGGUGGUUGGCUUCUAAAAUUUAAAUUCAUUAGAUGGGUCCAAGAUUACAAAGGAAGACAUCGGUUAUCCAGAUGCGUGACCCACAGGCAUGCAGGAAUGUGAUUUUUUUUUCCUGUUUACUUUAAAAUCGCCUGUCCAAAGUGCAUGCCUGUUGGAAGCAUUUCAAAGCCUUAUCUCUGAAAGAGAGGUAAUCUCCAAAGAGGUUUCUGCACUAACAGCAGCGGUUUUUUCCCCAUGUGCAAGAAAAACCAAGCUCACUCCAGAGGGAUGUGUUCCGCAUGUGGCACUGCGUUGACAUAAUUGUUACGCACAUAAUUUGUGCAAAGCCUUAUAUGCCUCCAAACCCAACUUCCCUUCUAUUCGUGACCCUCUUUGUAUUGUAAUAUGCGUACCUAAGCUAAAAACAAAAAUAGAAUAAGUGUAGAAAAUGUUGUUAUAAAGAGCCUGAAUAGAUUUUUUUUUUUUUUUAAAGAAAGCUUUCCCAAAAAGAUAGAUUUGGGAGAGGACCUAAGGACCAUACCCCAAGGACCUAAGGAUUUCAGACAUUUUCUUAUGGGGCCAAACAGCAUUGCUUUGAAAUCACAACAUCUGGCAAACUUCAAAGCGGCACUCCACCAAAUCUCAUGACCACAGCUGGAAAUGUGGUUUCAGAUUGUUACAUCCGAGUUGGAGGAUAUAUUUAACGUGUAAAGUGUGGAAAGUUAUGUUAAGAUAUAUAAAUAAAGAUAGCUGUUUUGUUCUGCUUUAAAUAAGCUAAAAUAUUAAUACUUAGAAACUUUUGAGGACUUUGCGACAUGUGAUAGAGUUAGGGCAAGCAUGCAAUAAGUCCUCACAAGAGAAAAGAGGCAAGUAGUGUGAAAAAAAAGACAGUGCAUAUUAACAAAGAGAAACGACGUGCGAUGUCCUAUUUUCACACAAAACUCCUCCGUUCCCAUAGCAAUACAUUAUUACAAAAAACAUUAACAGAAUACGAGCAGAAUCCAACCUAUGUUAGAUACUUUCAGGUUCCACAGAUUUCAGCGGGAACAUUUGAGAGGAAGUUAAGCAAGUGUUUAGCUCUCCUGUUGGAAUCAAAAGUUCCUGAAAUCCUUAACUUGGCCAGGAUCAUGCUCUGUAUUAUUCUUCCAGGAUUUAUGAUAUAUUACAUAAUGGUUUAAAGAGACACCUGUCUUGUCCAGCACUAAAAACUAGCAUUAAAAAUUUAAUAGUCCUUAGAAUAAUAUAUUACUCUUACUUUAAAAGUGCUUGUGAUAUACAGCAUGAUCCGGCGUAGCUGGUUAAACAGUAAAACCACAAAGUGUAACUAACUCAUUACCGACUCCGAUGUGAAAAGUCCAUCCAACCAAGAUUUUAAAAGAAAAUGUUUUGUAUCAACUGUGAUGUUUGUAAUAACUUGUUUGUGCGUGCAAAUGUUAAAAGGAUUAUUUAUAUAUUUGUAGGAAGUUUACAUUCCGUUUGUCCGAGGUGUCCUGUCUCCUAAUAAACGGGUUUCCUGUUACAGGAUGAAA